ACACCAAGGAAAUUUCCAAUAGUCACAUUGACUAACAUUGUUCAGAAUUCAAUAUCUUUCUUCUGUCAACUGAGUCUAUGCAAGCAUUAAUGGAUCCUGCGACUGGCCAAUUGUGCUAAAAUUUCCCAAUGAAGUCUUGACUGCUGUAGAAUAAUCAACCAAGAAGAAAUUGGAAAAGCCACCAUGGCAGCAAGAUUUCCUUUUUACUCUCAGCGAAAUCAUCAUCUGGACAGAUACCAAAAAUAGUGAAAGGAGAGCUAUUGAUCAACCACGAGAAGCUAUGCAUCUUAAACUAGUUUUGGUUGCUAGUUUGUUUAUGUCGUUCGUCUUCUUGCUCUGUCAUCACCAUUUUAUAGCUUUCAUGAGGAGUGCUAAUCCUCCAGCAGCUGCUGUGCAUUACAUAAGCGAUGCUGCUAUUAACUGUGGCUUUAAUGGCAACUCAACCGCACUUGAUGGCCGUGAAUGGAUUGGAGAUGCCCCCUUAAAGUUCCUGUCUGGCAAAUCAAGAAUCUCAACUGCAGCUGAAAAGCCAUUCCCAAUUGACCCUGUUCCGUACAAGACUUCAAGAGUCUCUGCAACUGAAUUCGGCUAUUCAUUUGAAGUCAGUCCAGGUCAGAAAUUCAUUCGCCUACAUCUUUACCCUGCCUCAUAUCGCGGUUUUGAAAAUUCUAUAGAUUCUUUCACUGUCAAAGCUGGCCCUUUUACCCUCCUCAGGGAUUUCAGUGCCUCAAUUACUGCUGAAACUUCAGGUGUCAAGUACCUUAUUAAGGAGUUCUGUCUGAAUGUAGAAGAAAAUACAAAAUUGAACAUAACUUUUUCUCCUUCUCUGAAUCUGAAUAGCAAGUCAAAAAGUACACAUGCUUUUGUAAAUGGCAUUGAGAUCAUUUCAAUGCCAGCUGGACUUUAUUACACCUCUGAUCGUGACUCAGGAGCCCCUAUAGUUGGUCAGAAAAAUCGAUUCUUUAGUAUUGACAAUAGCACUGCACUUGAAGUCAUACAGAGGUUGAACACUGGAGGGAGCUCUGUGUCAUCGGCAGAAGAUUUUGGAAUGUUUCGAAGAUGGAAUGAGGACACUAACACUUAG